GGUCAGCAUUCCAGUCCUGAUGGCCUUUGAGGAUCUCCUCUCCGAAGUUGGAGAUAAGAGACGAUUCCAGAUUCUUCAGCUCCUUUCUUUGGGUAUUCCUCUAGUAUUUCUAGGUACCCAUUUUCUGCUAGAGAACUUCACUGCCUUUGUCCCUGAGCACCGGUGCUGGGUUCACUUGCUUGACAAUACCUCAGCUUUGCUCAAUAUCAGUGGGAACCUUAAUUUUAGUUCCCUUCUAAAGCUUUCCAUCCCCUUGGAUUCCAAUGGGAAACUAGAGAGGUGUCGCCGAUUCUUCUGGCCACAGGGGCAGCCCUUGGGUCCAAAUGUCACAGGCCAAAACCUGAGCCAGCUGGAGAUGGAGCCAUGUGUGGAUGGCUGGGUUUAUGACCAAAGCAGCGUCACUUCUUCCAUUGUGACUGAGUGGGACCUGGUGUGUGACUCCAGGAAUCUGAAGUCCUUCUCUCAGUCAAUAUUCCUCGCUGGGAUUCUGGUGGGAUAUCUCAUACUGGGCAAUGUUUCAGACAGGUUUGGGAGAAAACGGUUGCUGCUUCCAAGUUACUUCAUGAUGGCUGUCUCCAGCACUGGGGUUGCCUUUGCCCAGUCAUUUCCAGUUUAUUGUUGCCUUCGCUUCCUGCUUGGGUUUUCAGUAUCAGGAAUCAUGCUUUGUGGUGGGACCCUGCUUAUAGAAUGGACCACCAGCCAGCAGCGGCCUCUGGUAAUAGUCAUAACAACUCUGUGUGUAAGUGUGGGGCAUCAAUUUCUGGGGUUUCUGGCCUAUGGCAUCCAGGAAUGGCGCAAACUCCAGCUGGUAGUGUCUGCUCCCUGCUUUGCCUUUGUUCUGAUUACUUGGUGGUUGCCAGAAUCUGCUGGAUGGCUGAUUGUCCACAACAAAUAUGAUGAUGCCUUAAAGUUGCUCAGAAAGGUUGCAAAAAUCAAUGGAGUAAAAGAUAAGAUCCUGACAGUAGAGGCUUUGAGAUCCACCAUGGAAAAGGAGCUGGCUGCAACACAGACCCGUUAUAGCAUGUUGAGUUUGUUCCACUUUCCGAUCCUGCGUAAAAGAAUCCUCUGUAUGUCCCUUGCUGGUUUCACAACAGGGAUGCUUUUUUAUGGGAUCUCCUUGGAUCUUCAGAACUUGGGGAGCAAUAUUCAAGUGCUCCAGGUUGUUUUUGGAGUUUCUACCUUCCUAAGCAGGGUUGGGGCUUUGUUUCUCAUGAACCACCUUGGCCGUCGAACACUAGCAGUGGCCUGCUUCCUUCUUGCUGGACUGUUCGUAUUUACCAGUGCAUUUCUGCCUCAAGGAAUUUUGCGUGCGGUUUUGGCAAUACUAGGGAUCAGUUGUGUUGUGAUCUCCAUUUCCAAUAGUGGUCUCUAUUUUAAUGAGCUCCUACCCACAGCAGUCAGGGACACAGGCAAAGGAUUCAUUUACACAGUAGAUCGGAUUGGGGCUGUGCUGGCCCCAUUAAUGAGUACACUCAGGCACAACAUUGCAGCCCUACCUCAGAUCAUCUUUGCCAUAAUAGCCAUCACUACCAGCCUUGUGGUCUUCUUCUUCCUCCCUGAAACCAAGAACAAGCCAAUGCCUGACACCAUCCAAGAUAUAGAACGUGGAUAUUCAAGAGAAGAAGACCAAGAGAUGAGGGUGAACCUCCAAUGAAAAUAAGUCAGUUUUCAGAUUUUUCCAGGAGUCUGACUGAGAAGAAAACAACUCUAGUCUAAUCUGGGCUUUCCUCUCUUCUCCUGGUGGGGAGGACAUGAGUCCAGCAUUGAGAGCAUCAGUGGUCCUGCUUGGACUCCAGGCUUGCGAGAGGUUUCAAUAGUGAGACUCAAACAACAAACUUUAAUAAAACACUUCCUAAGUUCUAGGCACUGGAGAUACAAAGACAAAAACCCAGCAAGCUUUGCUCUCUAGGAGCUCACAUUCUACCUAGGGAGAUGGCACAAAUACCAAUAAAUAAAUACAAAAUAUCUUUAAAACAAAGAGUCCCAGAGAAUACUUCACAUGCACCUGUACCCAUUUACUUGAAGCUGCCCUGAUUCCAAAGCUUAAUUCUCAUGAUUCCCUUUAUCAGACCUCUGCUCCAGCCAAGCUUGUCUUCCAGCUUCCCAAUUGUGUGCAUUUGCAUUGCCUGUGCACCUAUGCCCAGGUCCUUUUACCAACUUGCCUUUCCCUCUGACAAUCCUUAGGCACCAACUCAAAUGGAAAAAAAUUUUUCAUUCUCUUAGUUAUUAGUGAUCUUUACUUCCUCAAAUUGCCUGCUUUAUUCAUUCCUUUAUAUGUACUCUGUCUGCUAUUUGCCCUAUAGAAUGUAAACUCUUGGAUGGCAGAACCUGUUUUUGCUCAUGUUCUCUCUGUAUCCUCAGCACCCAGAAUGGUGCCCUGUCUUCUUGGGCCCUAAUAAAUCUUAAUUGAAUGGAACUGCUCAAAUUGAAUUAUUAAAAAUCAAUAUGAAGAAAAGUCAAUAAUGUCUGGCAUUUGGCAUAAAACCAGGUGGAAUUCACAAUUCAGAAUUUUGUAUAUUCAUGUACAGGUCAAUGAGACUUUUACCUAUAACAGAAUUACCUGGGAGAAAAAGGAGAA